CACCCUGCUUAGAUAUCAUGGAGGGGUCUGAAAUUGCCAUUGUUGGUGCAUGUCCACUAUGAGAGAAAAUCCCAAUAUAUAGUUUUGUAACAAUGUAUUUGUAUGAUACAACUGAAUAAGUAUUUGAACACCUGAGCAAAUCAAUGUUAAUAUUUGGUACAGUAGCCUUUGUUUGCAAUCAAAUGUUUCCUGUAGUCUUUCACCAAACUUGCGUACACUGCAGCAGUGAUUUUGGCCCACUCAUCCACACAGAUCUCAUCUAGAUCAGUCAGGUUUUUGGGCUGUCGCUGAGUUUGAGCUCCCUCCAAAGUUUCUCUAUUGGGUUUAGGUCUGAAGACUGGCUAGGCCACACCAGAACCUUGAUAUGCUUCUUACUGAGCCACUCCUUUGUUAUCCUGGCUGUUUGCUUCUGGUCAUUGACAUGUUGGAACAUCCAGCCUCGACCCAUCUUCGUCACUGGAGGUUGUUUCCCACAAUGGCAAUACGUGGGACCAGUCAUCCUAUCCUCAAUACAGUGCAGUCACCCUGUCCCAUGUGCAGAAAACACCCCCAAAGCAUGAUGCUACCACCCAUGUGCUUCACAUUAGGGAUGGUUUUCUUGGAAUUAUACUUAUCAUUCUUCCUCCUCCAAACAUGGUUUGUGGAAUUAUGACCAAAAAGUUCUAUUUUGGUCUCAUCUGCCCACAUGACUUUCUCUCAUGACUCCUCUGGAUGAUCCAAAUGGUCAUUUGCAAACUUCUGAUUGGCCUUGACAUGUACUGGUUUAAGUAGGGUAACCUUCCGUGCCAUGCAUUAUUUUACACCAUGACAUCUUAGUGUAUUACCAUCAGUAACCUUGGAAACGGUGGUCCCAGCUCUUUUCAGGUAAUUGAUCCACUCCUCCUGUGUAGUCCUGGGUUGAUUUCUUACCUUUCUGAGGAUCAUUGAGACCCAUUGAGGUAAGUUCUUGCAUGCAGCCUCAGUCAGAUGGAGAUUGAGAGUCAUGUUUAGCUUCUUCCAUUUUCUAAUGAUUGCUCAUAACCCUUUCCCCGUAGCACUUUCCAUCAUUUGUACUUUUCAGAUAUAAAAUUGUAGGAUUUACUUCAAACAUACCUGGUGCCUACAGAUAACCAUAGUUUAGCGGUUAGGUAGACCUUAUAAAACAGGUUGGUCAGUACAACCAAAAAAUGUACUGAAUUUUACCAAUUGGGUUGGUAGUUAUAUGUCCAACCAUCCCUUUGGUAAAACAAUCAAUCUAAUUCUGUUGUGUUUUUAACCAAUCUGUAUUGGUAAAAGGGCAAAUUGGUCACUUUGACCAAAAUGACGUCUCUUUAAUUUAUUUCAAAAUUUAUCAGCAAACAAACAACAACUACAAACACUAAGAACAUAUAUCAAGAUUUUUGCAAGACGCUUCCUGUUUAUGUAACUUCUCAAUCGCUGCUCCUCCUGACUACAUUUCCCAGAAUCCCCCGGCAUUCCUCUAGCUUGCACUGCGCAUGCUCAGUCUGAACGGCACCCUGCUCGGCUGUAAUUUCUAAUAAUGCAGCGUUUACAGGAUUUUUUAAUUCUUUCCUUCAAAAUGAGGCGCACCAUCGGCUGAUUCUACACCGACAGCCGAAAGCAGGAGAACGGGAAGAUGAAAUGGAGAUAACUCGGGCCAGACCGUCGCUGUAUGGAGAAAUCGCUCAUGGCCUCGGGUUCUGGACAGACCGGUCAGCCGUGCACGAAGCUGCCGCUCAGGGCCGAGCCCUACAGCUGCAGCAGCUGAUUGAGGCGGGUGCGGCCGUAAACAUUGUGGCCGUGGACUCCAUCACCCCGCUGCAUGAGGCGUGCAUUCAGGGUCAGACCCAGUGUGUCAGGCUGCUUCUGGACGCCGGUGCACAGGUGGAUGCUAGAAACAUUGAUGGAAGCACCCCGCUGUGUGACGCCUGUGCGGCCGGUAGCUUGGAUUGUGUCAAACUACUGUUGGAAUACGGAGCAACCGUCAAUCCUCCUCUGUUCACUUUCUCUCCGCUUCAUGAGGCUUGCAUGGGAGGUAACUCAGACUGUGUUCAGCUGAUGAUUGAUCGAGGAGCCUUCAUGGAGGCUCAUGACUGUCACUAUGGAACGCCGCUUCAUGUAGCCUGUGCCAGGCAGCACUUUGACUGCGCCAAAGUGCUCCUCAUGGCAGGGGCCAAUGUGAACGCCUCCAAGCUCCAUGAGACGGCUCUUCAUCAUGCAGCUAAAACUAAGAACACGGAUCUGAUAGAGCUGCUUGUUGAAUUCGGUGGAAAUGUUUUCGCCCGCGACAACCUCAACAAGAAGCCCAUCCACUACACCAGCGUGGGAUCUCCCUCAUAUCUCUGCCUCGAGUUCUAUGAAAACACUCCCCUCAGCCUGCAGCAGCUCAGCAGAGUGGCUUUGAGGAGGACUCUCGGCACACGUGCGCAUCAAGUCAUUUCUGAGCUGUCCUUCCCCAAGAGCAUCAUAAGAUUCCUUUCUUACAUGAAACCUCUUGUUAUUGAAAUCUAAACACAUUUAAUAAGCUUAUUCUGACAUCUAAAUAAGCUAUUCAUAGGGUUUGUUUAGGAUCCAACACGGCAGGAUGCCGGGAGUUUGCACUCAAAACAACCAAGACUGCAAAACUAGCCGGACCUAUGAAGCAUGUUCUCAUGAGGGUUUUUCUUACAAAGAAAGGAGGGAAGGCUGCAUGUAGAGACUGGACACUCUGACACAUUUCUAUAAAACAAGGGAAUCUCUUGAUAACAGCGACACCAACAAGGACUUUUUUUCUUUUUGCCCGUUAAGGUCAUUUCUUUAGAAAUUUGUGUGAAUUUGCGCAAGAGGUCUGCAGGCUUGUUACAACUGGCAGGGUUCUUUGAAGCCAUUACCGGUAACAGAAUCUGGUUUUUCAUGUUUCUGGGAACUGCUUUACACUGAACUGACUAGUUUGAAUCAAAGCAGCGUGAACUUUAGAUCACCACUAGUCAUACAGGUCGGGUGAAUACUGUCUGCCUCUCUCAUAAAUCGUAGCUAUCCUAACCUUAUCCUAGCUUGCCGAUCAUAAAUGUUCUAUAGAAACUGAAGCAUACUAAUGAACGUUGUGCUUAUCGUUAGGAAACCAUAAAAAGUACAGAGUCACAUGGAAGCCAUCUUUACAGCAAUAUAUAUGUAAGAGGCUUCAUCAAAUUCUUUAAUGAUAAACUGACUCUAAAGGAGCUUAUUAUUUAUUAAUUAGCACUGUAUAUUUGUAUGUAAUUGUACAUAUUCUGUAACUAUUCUUUUUUUUUUUUGUAAAUAUGUAAAUUGUACAGAUGUUAUACCUGUAUGAAGUUUGUGGAAAUAAAAAGACCAAAA